AUGACACACCAUUUGCCAUGGAUAGUGGGUGGAGACUUCAAUGUCAUACUAUCAGAAGAAGCGAAACAAAGGGGUCUCCCAGUGCUUCAGCAGGAAACUGUUGAUUUUUCUCAAUUUAUCCGCAAUUGUGGUUUAGCAGAAUUAAAGUUUUCUGGCAGCAAAUUUACUUGGUGGAAUGGAAGAAUAGAGGGGGACUGCAUAUUUAAGAGGCUUGACAGAGUUCUUGGAAAUCAAGAGUUCUUACAAUUUCUUCCUUCCAGUGAAGUGUUUCAUCUGAUAAGAGAUGGCUCAGAUCAUGCACCUCUUCAUGUUGUUUGUGAUAGCAAUGAGGAAGCAAAAAUGAAGAGGGUGAAGAAGGCUUUAGCAAGUUGGAGUAAAGAGACAUAUGGUAAUAUUUUCCAACAGAUUUCCACCCUAGAAGAUGUGAUUAAGGUGAAAGAGCUACAACUAGAGUUGAAUCCUACAGGGUUGAAUAGAGAAGAGUUACACAAAGCACAGGUAGAUCUAAACAGAUACUUAACUAUUGAGGAGGAAUAUUGGAAACAAAAAUCUGGUAUGAAGUGGUUUAAGGAUGGAGAAAGAAACAUAAAGUUUUUCCAUUCUUAUGUGAAGGGUAGAAGAAGGAAACUUGCUUUGCAUGGUAUUCAUAAUAGUCAGGGGGAUUGGAUCACUAAUAAGGAGGAGAUAGGAGAGGAGGUUAGGCCUACCAAUUUUGAUAUGCUUGAUGAUAUUCCUUCACUGAUCACUGCUGAACAAAACGAUGCUCUAAUAGAGUUACCUGACAAUGAUGAAGUAAAGAAGGUUGUUUUUGGUCUGAAUGGAGAAAACACAAGUGGUCCUGAUGGUUUCUCAGGGCAUUUUUUCCAAGCUUGUUGGAACAUAGUUGGAACGGAUGUGGUAAAAAUGGUUAGAGCUUUCUUCUGUGGUCAGGAACUGGGUGAUCCACUGUCUCCCACACUUUUCAUCAUUGUUGCAGAGGUACUUGCUAGGGGAUUGAAUAAGUUACAUGAAAAUGCAGCAUUCAGAGGGUAUGGUCUUCCCAAAUGGAGUCCUCAGAUAAAUCAUCUAUCCUAUGCAAAUGAUACCAUAAUGUUUUGCUCGGUAGAGUCGAAGUCUUUGAAGUUGAUGAUGAAAGUCCUCAGAAAUUAUGAAAAUACACCAGGCCAGAUGAUAAAUAAUGCAAAAAGUUCCUUUUAUGUGCAUGAAAAGACUCCAGUUUCAGUGAUUGGAAGAGUCAAGAGAAGGACAGGUAUGAAUAAAGGUUCCUUUCCUUUUACUUACCUAGGUUGUCCUAUCUUUUAUGGUAGGAGAAAAUCUGUAUACUUUGAGGAACUUAUUAAAAAGGUGAAAAAAAGGGUGAUGUCCUGGAAAAACAGGUUUUUAUCUUUUGGUGGGAGAUACAUUCUAAUUUCUCAUGUGUUGCAAACAAUGCCUGUCUAUUUGCUGCCUGUUAUGAACCCUCUAAAGGGAGUGAUAAAACAGCUGCAUCGUAUAUUUGCUAAGUUCUUUUGGAGUAAUACUUUAGGAGUGAAGAGUAGACACUGGGUGGCAUGGGACAGUAUGUGUUAUCCUAAGAAUGAAGGGGGAGUGGGUUUUAGAUCUCUACAUGAUAUCUCUAAGGCUUUAUUUGCUAAACUCUGGUGGAAUCUGAGAACUUGUCCUUUAUUAUGCGGUGCUUGCAUGGUUAACAAGUAUUGUAAGAAGCUUCAUCCAACAAUUGCUCAAGCUAAGGGAGCCUUUAGUAUAAAGGCUGGAAACUCUAGUUUCUGGUUUGACAACUGGACCAAACUUGGUGCUUUGUAUUUUGUUGUGGAAGAUCAUGCUAGAGAGGAGAAGAUAGAAUUGAAGAAUUUCAUUGAAGAUAGGCAAUGGAGUCAUACUAAACUUAGAGUGGUGUUGCCAGAAGACAUUGUACAACACAUUAUUCAGAAUAUCAAGCCAUAUCUUCAGCAAGUGGAUAAUGAUAUAGCUUGGUGGAUAAACACUAAUAAUGGCGAGUUUACAGUGAAAAGUGCUUGGGAUCAACUCAGACAGAGGAAUCAGGAAGAAGUUCAGUUCAGUUUUAUCUGGACAAAGAAAUUGCCCAUUAAAAUCUAUUUCUUCUUAUGGAGAUUGUGGAAUGGCAGGAUAUCCACUGAUGAUAACCUCCAGAGAUUGAGAAUUCCAAUUGUCUCAAGGUGUUGGUGCGGUAUGACCAUAGAAGGCUUGCAGCUGCAUCAAAUUAUCAAAAAAUGGUGGACUAUGGAGGCUCCUACAAAGCUUAGACCAGUAUAUGCAGCUGUUCCAGCAAUUAUUGUAUGGGAGAUAUGGAAAUGGAGGAACUCAAUCAAGCAUGGUGGCAACAGAUCAGCCAACGGGAUGGUAUUUCAGGUGCAGAAAACAAUCCUGCAGUUUGUCAAAGCGCAAUACCCCUGGAUAACAGCAAUACUAAAAGAAUGGCCUGCCAUAAUUCUUAUGCUUAUAUAA